CGGAGUUGCUUCUCAGCAACAGCUGCCGCCGCCUCCACCCCCUCCUCUCUCCCUUUUCCCUAGCCGGGUCUCCGGCGGCCGCCAUGUUAGGUCGGGAUGAUGAACUGGGGCUGCCUUGAAGGGGACCCGACGCCUCGCCGCCCGCCUCCUGGUGCGCGUGUGGAAAGGCGAGCAUCCCGGCUCCUCCCUCUCCUCUCGGCCUGGGCUUGCGAUACGGCCUCUGGAGGCGACGGUAGGGCUCGCCGUUUCCCUGGGAGUCCCUGGCCGGAGGCUAUGGGGCGCUUGUGGCAGGGCUGAGCACGUCGGACUGUAGCUGAGUCCCAGGAGUAGCAGAGACGCGAGUCCCCCCCCUCCACACAGCGAGAUUCGCCGCCGGACCAACUCCGCUCGUUCUGAAGCGGAAGCGAGAGCGCCCUCUCCCCUGCGAGGGGGAGGCUCGGCGGUUUCUCCCGGAGUGACCCACGGACAGCAGAAAAGACCAUGGGGUGCAUUAAGAGCAAGGAAGACAAAAGUCCCACCAUGAAAUAUAGAACUGAGAAUACUCCAGAUACAAUUACUUCCCCUGUCAGCAAUUAUGGAUCUGAUUCAACCCAAGCUAAUCAGUCACCUGUAGUAAAAGGACCAUCGAUUAAUUUUAAUAGCCAUUCCAUGACUCCUUUUGGUGGGUCAUCAGGUAUGACACCUUUCGGAGGAGCAUCUUCUUCAUUUUCUCCAGUGCCAUGUCAAUAUCCUAGUGGUCUAACAGGGGGUGUUACUGUUUUUGUGGCCUUGUACGAUUAUGAAGCAAGAACUAGAGAUGAUCUUUCAUUCAAGAAAGGCGAACGCUUUCAGAUAAUCAAUAAUACGGAAGGAGACUGGUGGGAAGCAAGAUCUAUUGCAACAGGAAAGAGUGGCUACAUUCCUAGCAAUUAUGUGGCUCCGGCAGAUUCCAUUCAAGCAGAAGAAUGGUAUUUUGGUAAAAUGGGCAGGAAAGAUGCAGAAAGAUUGCUUUUAAAUCCUGGGAAUCAACGUGGUAUCUUUUUAGUACGAGAGAGUGAAACUACAAAAGGUGCUUAUUCCCUUUCUAUACGUGAUUGGGAUGAGAUUAGAGGUGAUAAUGUGAAACACUAUAAAAUUAGAAAACUUGACAAUGGUGGAUAUUAUAUAACAACAAGAGCACAAUUUGAAUCUUUACAAAAGCUGGUCAAACACUAUACAGAUCAUGCUGACGGCCUGUGUCACAAAUUAACAACUGUGUGUCCAACUGUGAAACCUCAGACACAGGGCUUAGCAAAGGACGCCUGGGAAAUCCCUAGAGAAUCCUUACGGCUAGAAGUUAAGCUGGGCCAAGGGUGCUUUGGUGAAGUUUGGAUGGGAACAUGGAACGGAACAACAAAAGUUGCAAUCAAAACUCUAAAACCUGGUACAAUGAUGCCAGAAGCUUUCCUACAAGAAGCUCAGAUCAUGAAGAAAUUAAGGCAUGAUAAACUUGUUCCACUUUAUGCUGUAGUUUCGGAGGAGCCUAUCUACAUUGUCACUGAAUUCAUGACAAAAGGAAGCUUACUAGAUUUCCUUAAGGAAGGAGAAGGAAAAUAUUUAAAGCUUCCACAACUGGUUGAUAUGGCUGCACAGAUUGCUGAUGGCAUGGCAUACAUUGAAAGAAUGAAUUACAUUCAUAGAGAUCUUCGAGCAGCUAAUAUACUGGUAGGGGAUAAUCUGGUGUGCAAAAUUGCUGACUUUGGAUUAGCAAGAUUAAUAGAAGACAAUGAAUACACUGCUAGACAAGGGGCCAAAUUCCCAAUUAAAUGGACAGCACCUGAGGCUGCACUAUAUGGUCGGUUUACAAUUAAAUCUGAUGUCUGGUCGUUUGGAAUUUUGCUGACAGAGCUUGUAACAAAGGGGCGUGUGCCAUACCCAGGAAUGGUCAAUCGGGAAGUUUUAGAGCAAGUGGAACGUGGAUAUAGAAUGCCUUGUCCUCAGGGAUGCCCAGAAUCUCUCCAUGAAUUAAUGAAACUUUGUUGGAAGAAAGAUCCCGAUGAAAGGCCAACGUUUGAAUACAUUCAGUCUUUCUUAGAAGAUUAUUUUACUGCUACGGAACCACAGUACCAGCCUGGAGACAAUUUAUAAAUUGAUGGCUUACAUCCCAUGCACAAACAUGCCAAAUGUAGAGUACUUUUUUU